GAUCCAUCUCAUACCUGCUAAAUGGAGAAGGCAUGCAAGUUCUUUAUAGCUAUGUUCAUCUGCAUCAUGUCACCAAGGUGUAAAUCCGCGCAUGCAACAGAUGCUCUCUUUCCAGGCCAAGCUCUGUCCGGUAACAAGACCCUGCUCUCAAAGAAUGGUGCGUUUCAGUUGGGUUUCAACUUCCUAUCUCCUCCAUGUUCAGAGUUUAUAUUCGGAAUAUGGUAUGUCAACUCAUCAACUUGUAAACCUCUUCUAGUUUGGGCCGUCCCUGGUAUGGAACUUACAUUCGAAGUAUGUGACAUCAACAAAAAUACAUACCCCACCUUAGACCCUUGGAAAUCCUCUUUUAGCCUCUCAUAUGGCAACUUGCAACUUACCUCGCUGCCCUAUAAUAGUAGUACUAUUAUGUGGUCAUCAGCUACUGGUAUGAAGGAUAUAUCUACUUCUGCAGUUGCAGUACUUCUUGACAACGGAAAUCUCGUAAUAAGAGAUCAAGUGAACAGUUCAGUGUUGUUCUGGCAAAGCUUCGAUAACCUGGGUGAUACACUGCUACCUGGAGGAUGGCUUGGACCUAAUGGCCAACUGCUGUAUAGUGCUAAAAGUAAUGUUUCUGCUAGUAUCAGUUCGUCUCUUUCCAGAAAUGCAAACCAACCAAAGGAGUUCACUAUCUUAUGCAAUGUUUAUUGUUCUACCGCCAACUACCGGAUCCAUUAUUCUGGCACUUUUCCCAGCUGGAUGGAUUUUCAUGAAGAUGAAUACUCUUUACUCUUGUCCAGUAAUUCAGAUUUAUAUGUACGUUUGGAUUCUGAUGGUACUCUUAGUGCUGCUAAGUUAGAGGGUUGUGGGACUCUAUUGUGGUCUUCUCUAGAUACCUGGCAAGAAAUAUCCUAUUCCGUGCAAGAAAAAUCACAUUCCAAGCUUGUUCAUUUUUCGAUAAAGUCCAAGCUUGUUCUAACAGCAAAGGCAAUAGGUGUGCUCAUCCUGCUAAUGCUUAUUGCUCUUGUCCUUUUCUGGAUAAGAAGAAAAUGUUUGGAAAGACCUUUAAAUAGCAAUAACACCCUCAUCAUUUUCUCAGAAGGACACAUAAAAAAGGCGACCAAAAGUUUCUCUGAAAAACUUGGUGAGGGUGGUUUCGGUUAUGUUUUUAAGGGGGCAUUGCCAGGUUUGUCUCUAGUGGCAGUCAAAAAGCUAAAAGGAAUUGCACAAGCGGAAAAGCAAUUCCGAGCAGAAGUGCAGACAAUUGGGAUAAUUCGGCACAUCAAUCUUGUCCGUUUAUUUGGUUUUUGUGCGCAAGGGAGGACAAGAUUGCUGGUAUAUGAGUACAUGGAGAAUGGUUCCUUGAGUUCUCACCUCUUCUCAAAGAGUUCGGCCAAAUUGACAUGGGAUCUCCGGUACUGUAUUGCACUUGGUACUGCACGAGGCUUGGCUUAUCUCCAUGAGGAAUGCAGGGAGUGCAUUAUACAUUGUGACAUGAAGCCGGACAACGUACUUCUUGAUGCAGAGUUCUGCCCUAAGAUUGCCGACUUCGGAAUGGCGAAGCUUCUUGGUCGAGAUUUCAGCAGGGCUUUGACAACCAUGCGAGGGACCAUCGGAUAUCUUGCACCUGAGUGGAUAUCGGGGCAACCCAUCACACAUAAGGCUGAUGUUUACAGCUACGGUAUGAUGAUUCUUGAAAUCAUAUCUGGCCGAAGGAAUGCAGAAAAAAUCAAGAAAGGAAAGUACACUUACUUUCCCAUCUUUGCUGCAAUCAAGGUGAACGAAGGCGAUGCUAUCUGUCUGUUGGAUCCUAGGUUGGAAGGCCAAGCAGAUAUAGAGCAGCUGAACAGAGCAUGUCGAAUUGCAUGUUGGUGCAUUCAAGAUGCCGAGGAUCAUAGGCCGAUGAUGGGGCAAGUUGUUAAAAUGCUAGAGGGUGUUAUGGAAGUCGGAAUCCCGCCUAUUCCAAGAUCACUCCAAAACUAUAUCGGCAUGGAGGAUUGCUCUUACUACGCAGAUGCGAAUAAUUCCUUGUAAAUUCUGGAAGUUUGUUGAUUUUUUUAAAGGGGCACAACCACCGGCCUCUACAUCGGUAGAUGCACACAUCGAUAUAAUAUUCAGUACUAGCCGAAUGUUCCCUUUUUUAAAGGAUGUAUAAACUUUCGACAAUUGUCUUAUUUCACAAGUGCA